UUUUGGUUUCUGUAUUCCUAGUUGCAAAGAUUGUCGAGUGCUUAUCGCUCAGGCAUUUUCUGUUUAAGGUGCAGCAGGCCGGCUAUAGGGCACAUGCCGCACUGGUUGCCAAAAUCUAUGAUAAAGCCUUGACCCUUUCAUGUCAUUCAAAGCAGACACACACUAGUGGAGAGAUAACCAAUUUUAUGACUGUAGAUGCUGAGAGGGUUGGUAACUUUGGUUCGUACAUGCAUGACCCGUGGAUAGUGCUCAUACAGGUCGGUCUUGCACUUGCGAUCCUCUACAAGAAUCUCGGGCUUGCUUCCAUCGCAGCUUUAAUUGCCACUGUAUUAGUGAUGUUUGCAAACAUCCCCCUGGGGAAAUUGCAAGAAAAAUUCCAAGACGAACUUAUGAAAGCCAAGGAUUCUAG